UCAGGCGAUUUGACCAGGACCCAGAGGAUUGUUAAGCUGCGCUGAAAUGAUGAGGGAAGUUUGGUCAUCAGAAGAAGUCAGAAAAUUGGCAACUUGCUCAAUUCAGCAUGCAAGACCUCCCUUCCCCUCCUCCCUCACACCCGAGUCUCCCACCCUACCGCCCUCCCCCACCUCCAGCUGACCAUGGCAUCAGAAGCAGAGAAAACAUUCCACCGGUUUGCUGUCUUUGGAGAAUCAUCAGGUAGUGGUGCCGAAAUGAAUAACAAGAACUUCUCCAAGCUGUGCAAAGAUUGUCACGUCAUGGAUGGCAAGACAGUCACCUCUACUGAUGUGGACAUCGUGUUCAGCAAAGUCAAGGCCAAGAAUGCCCGAACCAUCACGUUUGUACAGUUCCAGGAGGCAAUGAAGGAACUGGGCCAGAAGCGGUUCAAGGGGAAGAACCCAGAUGAAGCCCUGGAGGGCAUUUAUAAACUCAUGGAGGGCCAGGAUCCAGCCACCACUGGUGUUACUAAAGCAACGACAGUGGGUGCAGUGGACCGUCUGACAGACACCAGCAAGUACACCGGCAGCCACAAGGAGCGUUUUGAUGAGAGUGGCAAGGGCAAGGGCAUUGCAGGACGAGAAGAGGUGACUGACAACUCAGGCUAUGUGAGCGGCUACAAGGGUGCUGGCACCUAUGAUAAGAAGGACAAGUAGAGAGGAGCCGCAUCUUAGCCUGCUCGCUCCCAACCCUGCAUCUUAACAUCAGGGAGUCUGAGAAACAAUAAACACCUGUGUGUGCAGCAGC